AUGGCACAUUCAACAUCUCUGAAAGUUCAUCAAGUUUGUUCUGUGGCACCACCACAAGAAACAACCCCAAUCUCUCUGCCCUUAACCUUCUAUGAUGUCCUAUGGAUAAGACUCCCUCCUGUUGAACGUCUUUUCUUCUAUGAGUUCCACAACCAAACAACAACAACAACAACUACUACUUCAUUCUUUGAUUCUAUUCUUCCCAAUCUCAAACAGAGUCUUUCACUCACACUCCAACACUUCCUUCCUCUUGUUGGCAACAUCACAUGGCCAAAUGAUUCACUCAACCCCAUCAUCAAGUAUGUCCCUGGUGAUGCUGUCCCUUUCACUAUAGCUGAAUCCAACGCUGAUUUCAACCAUUUAUGUUCAAAUUUCUGUGAUGUUGUUGAACGCCACCCCUUAAUCCCUCGCUUGAAAAUUUCACAUGAUCAAGCAUCUGUGUUAGCCUUGCAAGUCACUGUUUUCCCAAGCUUUGGUUUUUGUAUUGGGAUAACCACACACCAUGCAGCACUUGAUGGAAAGUCUUCAACUUUGUUUUUGAAAUCAUGGGCCCAUCUUUGUUCUAACCUCGGAGGAUCAUCAUUACCUGAAAAUCUGACACCUUUCUUUGAUAGGUCAGUGAUAAGAGACCCUUCAGGGAUCAAUGAUGCUUAUGUCAACGGGUGGUUGACUUAUGGUGGAGAAACAAAUAAUCGAAGUUUGAAGGUGUGGGAAUCUAUUAACACAGCACAAACAGAUGCAGUUAAAGGUUUGUUUGAGUUAACCCCUUCACAUAUCCAAAAGCUUAAGCAAUAUGCACUAUCUAAGCUGAAAAUGAAGGUUAAGUUAUCAUCAUUUUCGGUUACUUGUGCGUAUUUAUUGGGGUGUGUAGUCAAAGUAGACCAACCAAAAUCCAACAGGGUAGCUUUUAUUUUCUCUGUGGAUUGUAGAUCUCGCUUGGACCCUCCAAUUGUGCCAACAUAUAUUGGAAAUUGUGUUAUACCCCACGCUGUUGUGGUGGAGACAGAGGAGGUAUUAGGAAAUGAUGGAUUCAUAAGUGCUCUUAAGGGGAUAAUUGAUGAGUUGAAUAGGGUGGAGAAUGAUGGGGUGCUACAUGAUGCAAAAAAUUGGAUGCAAAAGAUACAAUCUGUAUCAGGGGAUAGAUUAUUCUCUACUGCAGGGUCUCCUCGGUUUGAGGUUUAUAGUAUUGAUUUUGGAUUUGGAAGGCCUAAAAAGGUUGAUGUUGCUUCAAUAGACAAAACAGGAGCAUUUUCUCUUUCUGAAAGUAAGAAUAACAAUGGAGGAAUUGAGAUUGGUUUGGCAUUGAACAAGGGUCAAAUGGAAGCUUUUGCUGCUCUUUUUUCUCAAGGACUUGAAUCCUUGUAA